UGCAAUGUAUGUGUGAAUCACGUGAUUAGAAUCAGAGCUAACAUUUGAUGACAAAAUAAGUGAUACUUUUUGGUGAAAAUGUUUUAAUAUAUUUCUAAUCAUUUGAUUAAUUGAUUUCAGUUUUUUUAAUUCAAAUCAUUGAUUGACCGAAAAUCUCAUCAAAUAUGUUAUGUUGUCAUCGGUUUCGCCAAAUGUGUGGUCAAUUGAAUACAAUUGACAGGAAUAUGAAGACAUGUAUUGUGUCACCGAAAGUGUGGACAAGUAAUCACUUGAUUGGCGUCUCAUUUAUACGCCAUUUGUGGGGCAAAAGCUCACCCAAGAAGAGAGGAGACGUCACUUCACGGAUCAAAGUAAAAGAUGUAACUCUCGCCAGUCGUUUAUUUGAAGAGACACCCAAUCGACAUAAGGAACAGUAUCUGGAAGUUGUGGACAACUUCGAGAACCACAAGUAUAUCAAAAGACAAGGAUAUGUUGAGUUCAUAACGGCUGCGCUUCCGUAUCUCAAAGACUAUGGCGUUCAUCGAGAUAUUGAAGUAUAUAAGGCUUUAAUGAAUAUCUUCCCAAAAGGCCGUUACGUUCCGUCCAAUGCUUUCGCCGCCGGUUUCUUCCACUAUCCUCUCGAACAAAGAACUGCUGUUGAAAUUCUGUGUUCAAUGGAGAGGAAUGGUGUGAUUCCCGACAGAGAAAUAGAAAAUUUGAUAAUUAAAAUCUUCAGCAAAUAUUCAAAUGUAUGGAAAAAGUUUGGACGAAUGCACUAUUGGAUGACUAAAUUGAGAAAUGCCAACCCUUUCCCACUUCCAGAUCCAUUACCUUUAGAUUCAUUAGAGUUGGCGUUGUUGGCCAUUAAGAGGAUGUGUAUUGACAUACAAACAAAAAUCAGUGUCUUAUCGACGAGUCAAAUUGAAGAUUCAUUGGAAAAGACAUGGAUAGUGUCGGGUCAGAGUCCACAACAAAAACAAAUAGUUGAAGAAUUGCCCACAAAUGAGAGCGUUUAUGUUGAGGGACCCUUCAAAGUGUGGUUAAGAAAUCAAUCGAUCGAUUACUUUAUUAUUAGAGCUAAUAAUCCGAAUCCUGUUUACAAUAAAGAUGACGAUCUUUUAGAUAAUGACGAACUAAAUGACGUGUCAUCGAUUCCUUUGUCGACCUUCGGAAAGGUAGAUAAAACGGAAACAUUGGCGCCGACAAAGAAUAUCCACAUUCAAGACGACGGCAAGAUAUUAGCCGUCUCUGCCACCGGUACUUCCAGUCGAGACUCACUCUUAUCGUGGGUUCGGUUACUUCAGGUAACAAAUCCUAAGUUAAAGUCAAUUCCAGUUGUGUUUACAUUAAAAGGAACGCCAACUGAUAUACAGAAUAUUACUGAUUCUGAAUCUCAAGGAAUUAAACAAUAA